AUUCUUGAGCCACCAUUAAUUUGUUCAAUGUUUUGCUAGGAAAAUGGGGCACGGAUGCAGUCAUGCACAGAGACAGUAUAUGAGGCAAAAACUGUUCUCACGAGCUUGAAAGUCGAUAUCUGGUGUGACGAUCUUCAUUCUCCGACAGCCUGAACUCUCUGAGGCAGCUUUCUGUAAGCAGUCUUCAGGAAUUUUCUCUGGGCUUCUGGAAGGAUAUUCAAAGCUCUUGGCAUGUUGGCUCGCUCUUUUAUUUAUUAUUGUUCUUCAAUAAAGCUAAUGUCUGUGCAGGUUUAAAGUAAAAAUGUAUGUAGAAAAGCAAUGAUGCUUCUCAAAGCAUCCUAGUUCGGGCACUGCAUGCAGAUCUGGCUUUGUAAAAGGCACUCAGAUUUCUAACAUGUUCUUUUUAUUUAUUUUUACCAAAAGAAAAAAAGAAAGAAAGCAGUGACUUUGAAAAGAAAGCAAAAUAAUCUUCGUAACAUACCUGAUAAUUGUUUAUAAUGUGUAAUAAUUAUAGUGGUUUCAAAUACAUUUUGCACAUCAUACUAGAUUAUUUGAUCGCAGUGAAGUGGUGGUGGGGUUAAUUAGAGCAAACAUAAGCACCUAAUAGCACAUCAACCGAUCUGCGUCUGACCGCAACAUUUGUUUGGAUGUGUUUGAACUAUUUCAGCUUUUACUUUGAAAAUACCAGGAAAUAAGCAAAUUCUUUAUGCAAUCAUUGUUAGAAAAAAAGGGGAAAAAAAACAGGCAGAACGACAACUGAGCUGAGCGCGUGAGACAGUCAGCAAAAACACACUGAAGCAAACUUUAUUUAAACCGGCCCAGGUAACAGCGGUGCAGCAGGAGAGGGAGGCUCGGGACAUUCAGUUCUUUCACAGAGAGGGAGGAAACCCCUCAGGAUCACUUCCCAAACACACACUGGGAAUAUUUCUCCAAACUUCUGAUAGAUUUCAUUUAAACCAGCAUGGCUGCUGCGCUGUUCAGAGCUGCAACAGGACUGAGUGUCAGACGGAUCCACGGGGAGUUUUGUAGAGUGAUGUGGACGCCACAGGCUGCUCGGUUCAGCUCCAAACCAUCAGACAGAGACCCGCCACGCAGAACGCACAUCAAGAAAGCCAAGGCCCAGCCUGCAGAAGAAGCUGAUAAAGUUCUGGACAAAUUCUUCUCUGAAAGGAGGCCAGCCACAGCGCCCCCUGCUGUUGGUGAAGAGCUUUCCAAAGCUUCCGCCAUGAUAAAUACCAGCUCAGCCCAGGAUCCACAUGAAGCAGCUAACAGAGACUCUUUGGAGAAAGAAGAGGAGAAAGCCAGCAAAGCAGAAGCCAUGAUACCUGAGUCAACUUUAGCAGAAGUGAAGGCUGAUGUGGGGAGUCUUGAAGCUGACGCUCUGCAAGAAACAUGUGACUCGCUCCAGAAGGGAGCUGAGGAGCUAGCAAAAGAGUUGGAAGUGAAGAUGCCAAUAGAAGAUGUUUCUGUUUCUGAAGGUGCAACAGAGGUGGACAAUUUAACACUAGAUUCCAUCCCUGAAGCUGCGGAUACACUGGAAGCUGAAACAUCAGCAGUCCCUGAAGCUGUGAUUGGAUCUGAGCAAGGACCGAUACAGUCGUCUGACACUGACCAGGAACUGAGACUAAAUGAUGGGGUGAUCAAUCAGAACAAAGAAAAAGGGGCAGCGGAGCCCGAAGGAAAUGUUUUGGAGGCCAUGUCUCUUGAGUCUGUGACCUUGGCUGAAGUUGAGGUGUCUUUGGGAACUCUGGAAAGCGAAUCUCUGAGUGAAACCUCGACUUAUCUGGAGAAAGAAGCUGCAGUUCUUGCUGUAGAGAAGAAGAUGGAGGUAGAGGAGGAAACCACUACCAAAGAGAUGACUGAGGCUACACACGCUGACCCUCUGUCUCUGCCUGAAGUCGCUUCUCUGCCUGAAGAUGUGCAGACUGAUGCACUGAUGGAGAAGCUGCUCUUUACUGUUCCUGCUAGUGUAGAGGGUGCACGAGAGAGCCCGAUUAUUGAGGAGGCUGUAACAGCAGACAGUCCGGAUGUUGUAACAGCUUCUGUUGAUAACGUGGCUGCAGAGUCAGAUCAUCCUCCAGCUCCUCCUCUUCCUCUGAAAGAGGAGCUGCUGGUACAAGAAGAGGAAAGAGCCACAGGAGAUAAAGAAGAUACAGGGACACACACAGAUUUGGAUCCUGUGCAGAGACUCUUCCUGGAGAAGAUCAGAGAAUACACUAACAUGCACAGGUCGAAUGCAGGAUUCCUGGAGGCGGAGCCAGAUUACCAAAAAAACCUGUCAGAGGAGACGGCUAAGCUCCAGAGAGUGUAUGGAGGAGGAGACCUCAGCAGCUUCCCUCAGUUCACCUUCAAUGAUCCCAAAUUGGACCAGGAGUCCAAAUGAUCUGUGAAUGGUGCCUCCAACUCUCUACACUCUUCCUCAACCUCUCCCUCUCCAUUAACUCCUCAAUUCAUCUUUAUUCCAAGGAAGAAAAAAGAGGAAGCAUAUGCAUUGAAAUCUAACGGUGUGGUUCUCUGGCUAAAAUGUGGGGAACGUGUUACUUGUGGGUGUUUGUUUUCUGUGUGAUGUCCAGUACUGAAAUUUAUUAGAUUAAAACACAAAAAAAGCA